UUUUGUCUGAAUUUUGUGAAUUUCCUAUAUAGGACUCAUCUAGACACAGGCUUUGAGGUCCAGAAUGAGGUCAUAAAAUUAUUUCCUUAAACCCAGCUCAUGAAUGAAAACAGAUUCCACCUUUUAGGAGAAGCGUGUCUUCAUUUAAAAUACUCCUACUGCAAAACAUCAACAGUUCAACACUUUAUGAGCUUUAUGAGCUCGUGUGGUACAUUUAAGUUACAAGUAACAUUUUAUCUGGAUUUGCCUUGUGUGUGGUCCCGUUAGACAGAAUAAAACCCUCUCAUUAUAUGUAUUUUGGUCAUAUUUACAAGUUUACCAUCAUGGUCUAAGAUGAGCAUAAAGCCAUACUCAAGAUAAUCGUAAGUUAAUUAAACGCCAUGAAAACUCAAAGACACAAAAUGGGAUCACAUACACCACAGUUUAAUUUUUUCCCCCACAAACCUGUUGAAAUGUCAUUCGGAGCCCUCAUCUUUCAGCAAUGAAUUUAAACUAACAACAACUUCAGCCUAUUUACAUGCUGAAUUUUAUGCGAAUUUGAUUUUGAAGUAACUGCUUUUGAUACAAACAAGCCUAUAAAACAAAAUAAAGGUUUUUCUUAAAAUUAAAUAGUGGUUUAGGGUUUUUUUUCCGAAUUCACAGUGGUGUCUGAUAAAAAAUUACAUUGAUUUAUCCUUUUAAGUACAGGUGCAACUUUGCAGAAGUUCCUUUUGUAUCUGUGUUUGUGGGUUGAGUGUUAGAAGCCCAUUUAUGGUGCUUCUGUUAGCCUUCCUGAGAAUUUCAAGGAAAGGAGAUCUCUUCAUUUCUCCCUUUGUGUCUUUGUGCAAAAGUUGACAGAUCCACCCUCAGCCUGAGAGCGCAUUUGUUCUUUGAAUCAGCUCUGCCUUAUGGCAGCUGCUUUGCUCAGCUGCCCUGUGAGGCAGGUGAGGCAGAUGCAUUUCCUCUUUUUGCUCCUCCAUGCUGGGGCUCCACAAAGAAAAGUAAGGUUAACUGUAAAAAUACAGUUGUUAACACUAGAUUUACUUAUAUUCUCUUGCAUUUUCCCAGAAAGCUUCUAUUAGAAGUCCAUACAAAACAACAAUUUAAUGUCAAAAUUAAGUGAAAAUAUGCAACAGUAGUGAUAAUUUUGCUUACAGAAAAUUACUUACCACAGGUAAGUAAUUUAUCAUAGCUCAAGAAAACCUUAUCAGACACAAAGUUUCUGUCUCUUGUGGUGCAAAAGCUGUUUUGGGGAGUGGGUGUAAAAUCUGCCCAGUGUGAGGAUGGAGAACAUAUUGCACUGUCUGUACAUAACUGUUCUCUGCUGGAGAAGAUCCUCAAUAUUAGAAGAAAUACUAUGAUAGUGCUUUUACAUUUUUAAUAUUUUAGAAAAUCUUAAUCAGAGAACAUUUUUUUGAGGAGACUUAUUUUUCCAUAGCUGUUCUACCUUUUUGUAUAUAAAAAUUAAGCAAUCACAAUAUUAUGGAAUAUCACAAAAAAUAUUUUGUGCCCCAUCACGGAACUGAGGAAAGAUUUAGAAGAAAAACCUGAAAUUGCCAAGCUUGAUUGGUGGUCCAGUUGCAUUUUUUGAGGGGUGUGUCAUAUUCUCAUUAUGACAAUAUAUCAUCCAUCUUUCUCCUCAGAACACCAUCCAGCACUGUAGCCAAAUGUUUCAAGUAAUUUUCCUUUUGUACCUUGAGGCAGUUUGUUCCCCUGCCACCUGAACCGGGACAGGGAAAGACACGAUCCGUUUGCAGUCACAGGCAGAGGGGAUUACAGCAAAACCUCUUCAUGACUUUCCCAGUAUUGCAGAUCCAAUUGCAGACGCUUGGUGGAGCAGGAUAUCUACAAGUUGCAAUGCACAGUUAGUUCUGCGUGUGCAUAACGAACAGCUCACACUGCUGUAGGAAAAACAUAUUUUUUCACUACAACCACUUGUUUCUCUGCCUGCUCUCUGCAUAAAGGAUGAUAAGAGGACAAUGGUACAGGGAGCUCAUGUACCCUUCAGUUCCGUUCUCGCCCUCAGCUGAAGAAAGGAAAUCUGCAUAGGAGUAGCACGGCGUUUAAAAUGAACCAAAACAGUAAUUUUAAACUAGAUAUUCAGAAAAAAAACUCUUCACCGUGAGGGUGGUGAGGUGCUGGAACACCGCUGUCAGGACCUCUGGUUACUUCUCUAAUAGAAAUUGCUUUGGGUUUUUAUUUGUUUCUUCCGUUCCGCGGGGCGCGCGGCGGUUCCUCCGUUGGGUUCGCGGAGACAACGGACGAACGGCGGCUCGCUCCGGCGGCUCGGCAGCAGCAGCAGCAGCAGCAGCGGCAGCAGCGGCAGCAGCGGCAGCAGCGGCAGCAGCAGCAGCAGCGCUUCUCUCGAUCGGUUUUCCGCUCGAUUUUCCGCUCGCUCUCCGUCCCCUUCUCCGUCUAACACUCCCUCCACUCCCGUCCCGUCCCGUCCCGUCCCGUUCAGUCCGUGUUCCGCCUUUCCCAGCCCGGCUCAUGCCGCGUCCCGCAGGGCGCCCAUGGGUGGGUCGGCCCCCUGCCCGGCCAUGCCCGGCGCGCCGCGGUCUCCCAUCCGCCAGGGUGCCUCCGCACUGGCUGUGGCGCCUCUGCAAGAGCCUCUGGAAGAGUUUCUCACUCUGGUUGUGGUGGGGCAGCACCGUUCUCUGGCUCCGCUUGGCGCAGGCUCUGGCCCGGCCCCGGUCCCGAACGAAGCCCCUCCCACGGUUCCGCCCGAAGCCAAACCGUUGCCGCCCGGCUCCCAUCCCGUCACCGGGAGCUCCCCCAGGAGCUUCCCCGGUCCGAGCUCCACCGCUCGCCAGCUCGGCUAUCGGUCCCGAGCCGUCGGAGCCCGGGGCGGCUCGACAAGCAGCAGCGGCCGGGGCGUUCGGGUGCCGCGGGAAGAAUGGCGAGAGCGCGGUGCCGCCCGCACGGGUGGAGAAGCCUCCCCUGGAGCAGCUCUACCGGGAGGGCCCGCUGCUGGGCAGCGGCGGCUACGGCAGUGUUUACUCCGGGACCCGGCUCGCCGACGGCGCCCCGGUGGCCAUCAAGCGAGUGUCCCGGGAGCGCAUCUCGGAGUGGGUGCGGCUGCACAACGGCGCCCUUGUGCCCCUGGAGCUGGCGCUGCUGUGGAAGGUGUCGCGGCCUGGCUUCCGCGGUGUCGUGCGGCUCCUGGACUGGUUCGAGGUGCCCGACGGCUUCGCGCUGGUCAUGGAGCGUCCGGAGCGCUGUCAGGAGCUCUGGUGCUUCGUGGAGGAGCGGGGGUUCCUGACGGAGCCCGGCCGGGGGCUGUUCCGCCAGGUGCUGGAGGCCGUGCGGCACUGCAGCAGCCGCGGCGUCCUGCACCGCGACAUCAAGGCCGAGAACAUCCUCGUGGACCUGGCCACGGGCGAGGCGAAGCUCAUCGACUUCGGGUGCGGCACGAUCCUCCAUGACACGUUCUACACCUGGAUGUCAGGAACGCCGGAGUACAGCCCACCGGAGUGGAUCCUCUUUGGCUGCUACCGUGGCCAGCCAGCAACCAUCUGGUCCUUGGGUAUCCUGCUCUAUGACCUGGUCUGUGGCAAUCUUCCUUUCCACACCAGUGAGGACAUCAUCAGAGGCCAGCUCUUCUUCCCGCCCUGGGUGUCUCAAGAGUGCCAGCACCUUAUCAGGUGGUGUUUAUCCAAGGCUCCCACAGACCGGCCAUCCUUGGAAGACCUUUUUGAGCAUUCUUGGCUGCAGGACCCUCACGUGGACCAGGAGACAGCAGAGAUCCAUGUCCUGCACAGUAGGAUCCAGGAUCCCAGCAAGUACCAGCUGCACGCAUCUCGUGGCGCUGGAUGAAAACCCUAGAGCGUGUCCCUGUUGCCACGGCACAGAGGAGAGAGCACAGCCCAGGAGACGCUUCCACUGGUCCCCAGCGAGUUGUGCAGGGAGGGGCUCAGUGCUCCCCGUCCUAUUGGAGAAUUGGUGGCAGUGUAGUGAAGUUGAGACUGGAGAAGGGGAAACAUCCCCCUGCAGCUCAAUGGCAUCAUGAUGUCCCCGCAAGCCGAGGCACAGCUGGCAUGUUCCUCUGGAGCACGAUGUGGAGCUGGGAACACCAUCCUGGAGCUGGCCGCUGGUGGGGCAAAGCCAACUGGCUUUGGCUGUGACCCCUUCCUGGAGGACAUGCUCUGCACCCUGAGGAAAUCAAGAUGAGUCCCCAGCUGGCGCAGGGGCAGGGGGAUGCUCAUGCUCCCAGGCAUGGCAGGGCUUGGCCUGGCUUCACAUCGGAGAUUCCCUGCUUGGUGGUGAUGAGGAAUAAUUUUUCCGCUGGUCGCCAAGCUGCUUUUUGGUGGGACAGGGGAUGGAUAUUGUGGAAGGGGAGCCGGCUCCUGGCCUUGCUGACAGCUUCUACCAGCCAGCCUGUGGAUGCAUCCAUGCAUGUAGAUGGGGGCAGCAGAGGAGGAUGGGUUCCGAAGCCAUGCCCCAGCUGGUCUGCUUUGUAGGCCCUUGAGGAAGGGGUGGGUUUACGACCAGGAAAGGGGGGGGUUUUCCCCACCCAUGGAGAGGUUUAAUUCUCGCAUGGAGUGAUCAGACUCUGCCUAGGCCUGUGAUACAGUAAUAACCUUUGACACUUUUUCUCAUUUCCAGGUCUUCUUUUGAAUUGACUUUCAUGCAAUUGUUCUUUUUUUUUUUUUUCCAGGAAGAUUGCACCUGGUGCCCAGACCAGAUGGGGAAGCACCUGUACUGUCCGUGGAGUGUGUCCAGUGCCAGCAUUGCCCCUACGGGGGGACAUCCCCUUCAAGAAGGACUAGGAUGAUUUGUAGGAUCAGCUCUUCUCCUGGCAGCAGGUCUCCAGAGGCCUGACUGCCUACCCUCUUGCCAGGAAGUUUUCUCUGGCAAGUCCCUCGAUGCUCCUUCCCUCCAAGCCGUUGCUUUCCCUCCAGAGGAGCUCUUCUUCUGCCACACCAAGCAAGGUGUGCCAUGGAGAGCAGGAGACUAGGAAAGCUGGCAGCGGCUGGGAUGAGGAGAGUAGAAAGAAACAGCAGCAGACUUCAGAGGGAAAAGGAAGUGAGGCUUCCUCACUAUAUUCCAGUGGUGGGGAAAUGAAGAAGGGGUCACUGGAAUUGCCUUUGAUCCCCCCAAUACAGAAGGCAGGAAUUCCCUGUGUUGGCAGUGCUGCUGGGUCUGUGCCCAGAUCUCUCCGGCUGGAUUUGCAGGAGUCCCGGGAGAUGAGGCCAAGACCCGGCACCAUAAGCCAAGAGAAGACCCCAGAACAUGCAGG